CAGGAACAUGAAUGCAGUCGGUUCCAAGCUCUUUGACUCUUGACCCUGUCUGGGAAUUAUCGGUCCUGGGUAGGGAAUGACCACAGCAAAUUCUUUUGACACAUUUUGACUACUUAAUGUCCAAAGGAAAAGGUCAAGAUGGGGCUACAGGUGAGAUCCUAAACCCUGUGUAGGUCUGUGGCCUUGCGAUUGAUGUCACACAGCGAAGGGCCGCCAGCAUCCCCAACACAGGCCGAACCACGGACCUCAGCACUGACUCACCGAGCCCCACUCCUCCUGGAGGAGGCGGCGGCGUUGCCGGGGGUGACCGGGCAGACGGAGGGCGGCGAGAGCAUCAUGUCGUCCAGGAGCUUUGGUUCAUCGUGGUGAUGGCCGCCAUCGCCCUGCUGCUGCUGGCCGUCGUGUUAGGAGUCGUGCUUCACAGGGCCCUGAAUAAACCCCCCCUCACCAGGGCGAGGCCUCCUCUGGUCGCUCUCCCCAUGCAGAAGAGGAGCCCCAUGGCUGUGUACCCGCCCAGCAACUCUGUCCUGUUCGACAUGGUGCCAGACACUACCGGCUUCUCCAGCAGCGUGACCCUGAAGGGAUUCUCCAUGAAGAUUGAGGAGAUUCUGGAGGCUAAAUGCGAGCCCACCGAAGAGAUCGUUGCAGGAGAGGAAGAGGGCGUUCUCAGUGUGAACUCCCUGCGACGCAGCAUCAGCCAGGUGAUCGACGGGAAGUCUCUCGCAGGAGACGACGACGUCUGGGACCCCAACAUCUCAGCCCAUGACAGCGGGAUGUUCAUGGAUGACGAGGAAUUUGUGGACACCAUCAAAGGCUUCAGCACUGUGAGGAAAGAGCACACGAUGUUCACAGACACCAACCUGUGACCCCACAAAAAACAUUUGGUCCCCACAGCUCAGUCAGGAGGGCAAUAACAUGAGUCAUGAUGAGGCUUGUCACCACAGGGGCUCACAGAAGAGAAGCUUCAUGUGAAGAUCCAGUGGAAGAAGAAGAAACAUCUCUUUAUUUAAACACAACUGGAAGAAUAUCCAUUUUAUUGACAUGAAGGAAGCAGCAGGACAAGCAGAAUCCCGUAGAAGAUACUUUAGUCUCCAUAUUCUACUCUAUUCUACCCUGUUUCCAUGACAUCGACCUUGAUCCUGAAACGGAGGAGAUCACCGGCCUUUUCUGAGCAACAUAGUUAUUCCUGUAGGUUUCAUCUCAUUCAAUUUAAGCUAAUUGAAUCCGCAGCUGCCAGGUCAUAAGCAGUUGCACUUUUUACAUUUUAUUUAUAACUUUGUCUUAUAAAGUUUUAAUAACCUUUGGACAUUUUUAUUGGCUUGUCACGUUAAAUUCAGACAGUAUUGUGCUAAAUUGGGCUGCUAAGUGAUUAAUCAACACAAAGUAAGGCAGAAAUUAACUCAUACAAUUUUUUUUUUUACUAAUGAAAGUCUGAAAGAGUGUGCCAUGUAUUAUUUACAUGUAUUUAUUGAGGGCUAUCAGAAGAAAGUGAGGAAAAUGAAUCAUAUGGCAGAUAACGUAUUAUUGUUCUUUGAAUUGUUCUUUGAAUUAGCUCCAUAUGUUCAUAGAUUCAGGACUCUGAAGCAGGUCCUGAAUCACCUUUUUAUUUUUGUGGACGAUUUAGGACCUAAUGAGGAAGACAUGUAAACCCCAGUGUUGUGAAGUCGGCUUCCAGGUGCCAUCAUGUUCAUCAGAAGCUGGAAAAGCAUUUCAUUUUUUUUUUUUUGUAACUAUGUACUUUCUGGACAUGCAGAUUUAUUGAUUUAUUGGACAUGGAGAUUUAUUCUCCAGCAGUGAUUUCUAGAAAUUGCUUGUGCCGUUUCUAACUUACAAAUUAAAAGACAUCUGUCAAAUAAAGAAAAGACAUCUUUCCUAUUUUGAA